AUGGCAAAGAAGACCAGACCUGAUCACGGAGAAAGACCGUCGAUGAAACAAACAUCAGUCAACAUCAAAGUGCUAAAGAGCAACAAGAAGGAUGAAGAGGAGUUAAAUGAGAGUUUGGAUGAAUCUUCUUCUACGGUUAAGGCAAGUCAACUUACAAGGAGACUCAGCGUGCAAGAUCGGGUUAAUCUCUUUGAGAGCAAACAGAAGGAGAAUUCAAACUCUGCUGCAGGAAACGAACCUGUGGUUGCUGCUGUUGCUAAAUCCACAGAAUUGAGGAGACUUUCUUCUGAUGUCUCAUCAGAUGCUCCUGCAUUCCCUGAGAAGUCAAGAUUCAAAGUAGGAAAAGAACAGGAUGUUUUCUUUUUAACUUCCCUGCUUUGUUUUUUAAACACAAUUUUGAAUUGGUAA